CGAGGCUCAGUCAUCGCCACUUUUGUGUUUUAUUGUGUAGCUUUCACACGGUAUAGCGUCAUGAAUCUGUGGCUCAGCGCUCACUUCCUGGUAGCGGGGCUGUUCCUGAGCUGCUCGGCUCUCACGAGCGAAGAAUGCCAACCCUUGGUCACGCCUCUGUCCCUGGUCGACCCCUCCAUGAUAUACGGAAGGUCAAACAUCCUCGUGGGUUACGUUGAUCACGACAUCUAUAGAGGCAUCCUGAAGACGACUGAUAGCUCCUGGUUAAAUUUUACCGCGUCAACAAGCGCCAAUGAAGUUGUUAUGUUUCAGCAAAGCAAGAUGAAAAAAACCUGCGUGGCCGCAUCUGUCAAGGUAACCAUUGACGGCAACACUGCAACAACGUCACUCGCCAACACCACCUCGAUGUUCCACAUGCUGCCGAGCUGCGACGGCUGUCUGCUCAUGAGCCUCAACGCCACCGUCAGAGACCUCGAUAAGCUCGCUACCCUGAUGAAACUCAACGUGGAUGUUUCGGGGGAAGAGGUCAACAUCCGCUCUCUUUAUCUGUUAGGCAGAGAGGCGACCCUGAAGGACUCGGACCUGGAACGUUUCAAGCAGCAGGCAAGCUGCCUCGGCUUCUCCGGAGAGCCAGACUUCCUCUAUGACCCCAAAAAAGGUUUCUGUGCUGAAGGCGAAGGCUUAAAGUUGGAACUUUUAAGUUAACAACAACUUUGGUGAAUAUUUCAAAUUGUAACUGACAAAGUUAUAGAGACAAAAGGUGACUCAUCAAACGUGGGGUCCGUAUUUUGUAUUCACAAUCUAAUAAAAUGGUAUAGCACCAAGGUU